AUGCUAUUAUCAUCAACGAGGAGUUCGCCUAUCUUAACCCCAACGUAUCCAGAAGAUGAUGAUUUUGUAGAUCCAAUACAACUGCAGGUACAACAGAAAGGCUAUCGCCAUGAAUUUAAAUGGCUAUUGAAGAAUGCAAUGCCAUUAGUCGUUAGUUAUCUGUUGCAGAACACUUUGCAAAGCUUCAGUAUUGUUUCUGCUGGGCAUUUAGGAGCAACUGAACUAGCUUCGGCCACUUUAGGUAGCAUGUUUGUCACUAUUACUGGUUUUUCUGUAAUUACCGGUGCUACUUUAUCGUUGGAUACACUUUGCUCUCAAUCUUUUACAAGUUCGAGAAAUGAGAAAGUGGUUGGUCUCCACGUUCAACGCUGCUUAGCUUUCAUGUCUUUCUUAUACAUACCUAUGAUUCUUUUGUGGUGGUAUUCUGAAAAUGUUUUUCUAUUUCUUCGACAAGACCCUACUGUUGCUCAUUUAUCUAGCAUUUACGUUCGCUGGAUGAUCCUCGCUGUUCCUGCUUUUGCCGUUUUUGAAGCGCUGAAAAAAAUGCUACAAGCCCAAGGUAUUUUCCAUCCCCCUACUUAUAUUCUCAUCAUCUGCACACCUUUCAAUUUACUUAUGAAUUACGUCUUGGUGUGGUUGCCUCAGUUUUCACUCGGUUUUCACGGUGCGCCAAUUGCUAGUUGCAUCUCUUACUGGUUGCUUGUUCUUUUGUUGACACUUUACAUCUACCGUAUCGAUGGCCAUCAAGCUUGGCCGACCUGGUCUACUUUGUUCAUAUACCAGUUUCGACAUUGGGGUCCAUUGAUUAAACUCGCUGUUCCUGGUAUCUUGCUCAUUUGUACUGAGACGUGGGCUUAUGAAAUCAUUGCUCUUGGAGCCAGUUGGAUUGAUACCCCUAAUUUAGGUGCUCAAAGUAUUAUUCUCACAUCAAUCACAGCGCUUUAUACGCUUGCCUUCGGGGUCGGUAUUGCUACAACAAAUCGUGUAGGUAAUUUAUUGGGUGCUCAAAAGCCCAAACAAGCUCGCAUGGCUGCUCGUGCCGCAUUGAUUGUUGGUUUUUGUGUUGGUUUUGUUAAUAGUAUGGUGUUGAUACUCUUCCGUCACGUCUGGGCUUACCUUUUUACUACAGAUGAAAAAGUUGUGCAUAUUGUCACACAUGUAUUACCGUUAGUCGCGUUAUUCGUGAUUGCCGAUAACCUGGCCGGUGUGGCGGAUGGUGUUUUGAAUGGUAUGGGGCGUCAGCAUAUUGGUGCUUGGUGUAACUUGGGCUCUUACUAUUUGUCUGCUCUGCCUAUUGGUUUUUAUCUAUGCUUCAAACGUGGUUGGAAACUGUCUGGUUUAUGGGCGGCUUUAUCCGGUUCAUUGAUUGCUGCAGCAAUUGCUACGUUAUUUGUAGUUUUGACUGCAAAUUGGAAAAGGGAGGCUGAGAAAGCCGAAAGAAGGACUAAAGGUGAUACGCAUUCUCCUUUUGUGACCAGCAGUAAUGGCGACAGUGACCAUAGCGAUUUUGAAGAAUAUGUCCCAUUGUCUAAUAAAGUGUAUUAA